UGAUGCGAUGUGUUUGACAGACAGACGGCAGUGAAGGCGGAAGGAAACAUGAAGCUCUGAAGCGCACGGAGCGGUCACACCCCCUUUUUUUCGAAACACCGCAGACACACAAACACACACACACACUCAUUCACUGCACACACACACACACUUGACAUAAGCUGGGCACAACGACACAGACACACAGAAGGACCGGGGAGAAAUAGUCUUUAACUCUCGUUUCUGCAAUUUUACGCAGCGCUGCCUGAAUGUGACGCGACAAAACACUGAACGACAACGCAGACCGUGCGUCUUCCAGAUGGAUUUAUUAUUUUUCCGUCACGCUUGAUUGAUGCGUCAUUGUGCGUUAUGGUGACUCCAGGAGGAUGAAACUGUACAGUCUAUCUAUCUCAUCCCCAGGACAUGACCCCAUUCACUGGCUUUCAUGUGCUUUCCUUUUGGAGUAUAAUAAGUUUGAGGUGGGCUGGCUGCAGCGAUGUCCAGAUCCACAAAAUCUGCCUCGAGGUCUCGGAGCCGCUCGAGGACCCGGAGCCGCUCGAGGUCCCGGUCAAGAUCCCGCUCCACCUCUCGCUCAAGAAGUCGCUCCCGAUCCCGGUCCAGGAAGCGCCACCACCGCUCUAGGUCUCGGUCAUGGUCAAGAUCUCAUUCUCCAUCUCACAACCGGGAGAAGAAAUAUACGAGGGAAUACCAGAACGGUCGCGAGUUCCGGGGCUACCACCGCGGCUUCCGGAGGCCGUACAACUUCAGGGGCCGAGGGCGGGGCUACUUCCCACGCGGACGCUACCAGCGCGGUGGUAGGGGUCGUGGCUACAACAACAACAAUAACAACAACAACAACAACAAUUUCCGCCCCAACUGGAAGAAUUACAAGCAGUACCCUCAAAAGCAGCAAGGACAGCAGCAGCAGCAGCAGCAGCAGCUAAACCAUUCACGAGGACGCUCUCACAACCCCCAGCAAAGCUCAGGAAGCCCCACUCGUGGUCACUCUCACCACUCUGAUCGAUCCUCCUCGCCAUUAUCUAGACACUCGCAGCAUUCUUCCUCUUCCUCACACUCCUCCUCUCCCAAAUGGAAGCCGGCCUUGUUGCUGACUAACCCGAACUCCAAAGAUGUGAAAGAGGAGCUCUCUGCCUCCAAGGAGGUCCAAAAGGGAGAAGGGGGAGAUGAGGAGCCAGCGGAGCUUGUCGGGGCGUUGGCAAGAGACGCUAAAGAAGGCGCAUGCGGUGGGAAAACCGAGGGGAACUGGCAGGGCCUGACAGACUGCAGCAGUCCAAAGAGAACGAGUCCUCUGGCGAGCUCUGCUGUUAUUGUUGUUCAGAACAGCCAAACUACCAACCAGUCUAGUCCUUCCCCUAAAGUCACAAAUGACACCAGCAACGGCGCCCCCUCCUGGAAGAUGACGUGUAGUACAACCUCGACAAAAAAACCCUCACAUGAAGGUCUAAAUCCAAUGCUCUCCAGCUUUGACUUCUUCUCCAAUGAGGAAUACCCGGACGAAGAUAAAACGGCGAUCUCCGUUGCCUUCAGACAGUUUUUGGAGGAGCGAAAUAAAAAAGCUAAAGCUCGGGAAAAUGGCAAGAGCACAGAAGCAAAUGAUGUGGAUGUGGAACAAGGAAAAGUGAAUGGCAAAGCAUCCGCGAAUAUCUCUGACUCAGUGUCAAGAAAGCACAAAGAGGACACUGAUGGUGAUGUGUCUCUGAACAGCUUCUUGAAAGCUUCUCCUUUUCUGUCUGCUGACGGGGAGGAAGAGGAGGAGACGAUCAUCAAGCCUCAUUCAAAGUCGCUUCACAAAGACUGGCACAAUGGGGACGAGUCCUCUAAGCCAAAGAUCAAGGUCACUCACUCAGCCCGGGAAAUGUUUGAUGAAUGCUUUGGCAAAUGGCAGAAUGUGGCCUAUUCACAGGGAGCUGACAGUGACCUUGACGCCGUGGCAGAGGACAUGUAUCUCAGUCGAAAGCAAGAUAAAGCAGCGGCCGUCGCUGCUGCCCUCGCCAAGAGGGAGUUAGCAGGAAAAUGUGAGGAACUGUCCCCAGACAUGGGUGGCAAAGCCAGGAAGAUGGCAAAAUCUCCCUCCAUCCCGUCCCCAGCACCACCACCAAGGAGGAACUCUGAAAAAGAGCUCAGGGGAGAGGACUCGCCUUUCAUGUCCUCAAGAAAACAGGAAACAAAAUUAAAUGUCAGAAUGGAUUUCCUUGGAGAUAGCCUGAUGAGCUCUUCUGAUAUUUUAGCUGAAGAGCGACAGUUGUCUCAGGAUCUGGUGCAGGCCUCAAAAAAGGAUCAGGAGUUUCGCUCCAUCUUUCAACAUGUUCAGACUGCUCAGUCACAGAGGAGUCCCUCUGAGCUGUUUGCUCAACACAUUGUCACUAUCGUUCAUCACAUUAAAGCUCAGCACUUUCCAUCCUCUGAAAUGACUCUAAACGAGCGAUUCACCGUGUACCAAAGACGAGCUGCAGAGAAGGAAAUCAUGAAGCCAAGAAAAAGCCCAGAGAUACACAGGAGAAUUGAUGUUUCACCAAGAGCUUUUAAGAAACACUCUCAACUUUUUGAGGCGGUGAAAAGCUCAGAGGAUGGCACUUACAAGGACGCCGGGGAAAAAAUGAAGGGUGACCCGAUGGACCUUCGUUUGGAUAUCGAGCGCCGUAAAAAAUAUCCCACCCAUGACAGCGAUUAUAUUCAGGAUCGGGGAGGAGAUGUGGGAGAUUCCCCAGAUUCUAGUACAGAGAGAUCUGUGGAAAAGUUCUCCAAAUGCCGCGAGAGAUCAAAGAAAAAUAAAAAGAAGCGCUCUCGCUCAAGUUCGUCCUCAUCUUCCUCGUCCUCUAAGUCCCAAAAAGAAGAUUUGCCCCAUGGCAAGUCUGAUCCCAAAGAUAAAGCCUUUAACAGGGCCCGACUGGGUCAAGCAGAGUCACCAGCACCAGUUGAAAGAGGAGGGCCACGUGGAGGAUUUCAAGUCCGAAUUCGUGGAAGGAGCUGGAACAGAGGCAAUUAUCAGGGAAACUCUUCCCAAAGUAACACCACGGCAAACAUGGCGGAACAGCCAAAAAAUGAAGACUGGGAUCCAGAGUUCACUCCAAAGAGCAGGAAAUACUACUUGCACGAUGACAGAGAACGGGAGGCAGAGUGCAAGUGGGUGGACAACCGAGGGCGAGGACGGGGAAGCGUCUCACGUGGAAGGGCGCGAUUCAUCAUCCGCAAAGCCACUGGAGGCCCCAACACCAACAGCCCAAAGUGGGCCCACGACAAGUUCCAGAUCAACGGGGAACAAGGCGACGCGCAGGAAGAGGAGACAGAACAGGACCAUAAAGAAGGAGAAAUCGAAGGAGAGAAUACUUGAGCAGUGAAGCCAUGUGCUGCUGGAUAUCUUAAUUUUCUUCUGUGUUGUUAUGGGAUUUGACUCAGUGAUUUUAUCCACUACGGUGGAUUCAUAAAUGCAGAUUUAAGACUCUUUUAUGCUUUAUUUUCAGCGUAGGUUACUCACUCUGAGUCGACAAUAAUUUUCCACAUAAGACUAGAACUCUUAACUAGUAGAAGCACUGUUUUAGGGUGAAUUGCUGUUUCUCAUAAGAAUUCAGAUUACAUGCUUUUUUUGCUUUAUAUGGUUAAGGGAAAUUUUACAAAAAAAAAAAUUACUACUUAACUUGAUAUUUUUAAGUAGCAAGAGAAAAUCACACCGUAGAUCAAAUCAGCUUGUGCCUUAUACUUGUGCAAAUGUUUUGUGAGUGGGUUACAAGAUUAAUAGUUUAAAAAGGUUUUUAGAAAAUCAGGUUUGUUAUUCUGAGCUGUGUCUUGUCUGGAUUAAAAUGACAGCAAUAGGUACACUGUAGUUCAUGUUGACAUAAAAACAUUACUGUUUAGUCAAUUCAGCACUCUACAAAAGACCCUGAUCUGACAUGGGACCAAACUGUACGGGGUCAAAGGUUACGCUCUACUGUCUUUCAUUAUACAACAUCAAACAGAUCUACAUUACUAGCCGGCACCAUAGGAGACUGUUAUUAUAACUACCUGCACAUUUAAUAUGUUGCUCAUUAAACCGUCAAAGAUUUCUAUAUGUUACAGUAGCUCUUUGCUUGUACUUGGAUACCACUAAUCAAUGUAUAAUAUUGAUAGUGAUUAUAUUUUUUUUCUCCAAAGACAUUCAUUGUAGUUUUUGUACCUGGCUAGGCAGGACUUUGUCUCUAAAGGAAUUGCCAUAGAUUGAUGUGUUUUUCAUUUUGCUGUUUGCCAACUUUUCUCCAGCCAAUAAUGAUUUAAUCAAGUAUGUAAAUUGUGUUCAACUGCAUCAACAUUGUGAUAAAAAGAAGGCUCAAAAUUAGUGUUUGUUUAGUCUGUAGUUUGUGAGAAACAGAAAUAAAGGGCAGUUUCUAGAGCAACGAUUACAGUCUGUCUAGACCUAGAAUAAGAAUAUUGUUUCAUAUCCAAUUAUUUUAAGUCUAGGAUCAGGCUCGUUACACGAUUUUUGUGCCUUGCUGUGGGUCCGCUGGUCUUAUUUGUACAAUACAGGCCUACAGAUUGAGAUUCACAUUUAAAUGUUCAAAGGUUACCUGCUUGGGGGAAUAUUGCUUUUUUUAAAAAUAGGUGUUGUUACUGUUUUUUUCUUAGAGGCUGUAAAUUAAAGAGACACUGAUGACUUUAA